CCGCUUCCUUCGAAAGACAAAUCAACCUCCAGUGUUAAGGGACAUGAGCUCAAAUCACGCACCCCGCUUCCUUUCUCCCGCCCAAAAAUUACUCUUGAUUAGAUGGGUCCACCAUCUCUUCCAUGGCCCAUCAUCACUCUCCUAUGUGAUCUCCUCCAAACAAAAUGAUACCCCACCUCUUCAGAAAAUCCCCAUCUUCUCCUCCGUCCACCACCCACCUGUCAAACGUCCUCCUCGUUGCCUCCGUCUCCAAAGCCCUUUCCGUCUCCGGCACCCGAUCCCUCGAUUCCACUCCAAUCUCUCUCUCCCAAUCUCUCGUACUCCAAAUCCUCCGUCGUUCCUCGCUCGAUCCCUCAAAGAAGAUCGAAUUUUUCAAAUGGGCUUCUCUCAGGCAUUCUUACAAACACUCGGCAGACACUUACUCGCAGAUCUUCCGCACCAUCUGCCGCGCCGGCCGGCUCGACGAGGUCUCUUCCCUCUUGCAUCUGAUGAAGGACGACGGCGUUGUGGUCGAUUCUGCUACGUUCAAGCUCCUCCUUGAUGCAUUUAUCCGGUCGGGGAAGUUCGACUCUGCUUUAGAUAUUCUCGAUGAGAUGGAAGAGUUGGGUGCUACUUUGAAUCCCCACAUGUAUAAUUCUGUUAUUGUGGCUCUGGUUAAGAAAAACCAAGUGGGCCUCGCGCUUUCAAUAUUUUAUAAGCUUCUAGAAUCUUCAAAUGCUGGUGGAGAUGCCGCUCUUGAUUGUGUCGCUUGCAAUGAGCUGCUUGUUGCUCUUCGGAAAGCCGAGAUGAGGGAUGAAUUCAAAAGGGUUUAUCUGAAAUUGCGUGAAAAAGGGUUUGGGUUCGAUACAUGGAAUUACAAUAUCUGUAUUCAUGCAUUUGGGUGUUGGGGGGAUUUGGGUUUCGCGCUACAACUCUUCAAAGAGAUGAAGGAGAAGGGUCCAUCGUCCAGCCCAGAUUUAUGCACUUACAAUUCUUUGAUCCGCGUGCUUUGUUUGGUGGGAAAGGUGGGUGAUGCACUGAUUGUUUGGGAGGAACUGAAAGGGUCUGGUCAUGAGCCCGAUGCAUUUUCUUAUAGGAUCUUGAUCCAAGGGUGUUGCAAGUCAUAUAGGGUGGAGGAUGCAAUGCGCAUUUUUAGAGAAAUGCAGUUUAAUGGAUUUCGUCCAGAUACCAUCGUUUAUAAUUCUUUACUCGAUGGUCUGCUCAAGGUGAGGAGAUUGACGGAUGCUUGUCAGCUGUUUGAGAAAAUGGUUCAGGAUGGUGUGAGGGCGUCAUGUUGGUCAUACAACAUUCUGAUUGAUGGGUUGUUUAGAAAUGGAAGGGCUGCAGCUGGGUAUACUAUGUUCUGUGAUUUGAAGAAGAAAGGACAGUUUGUAGAUGCUAUAACUUACAGCAUUGUUGUAUUGCAUCUUUGUAGGGAGCGUCGGCUGGAGGCUGCACUUGAAUUGGUUGAAGAAAUGGAGGUCAGAGGAUUUGUUGUUGAUCUUGUUACAAUAACGUCUCUUUUGGUCAGGCUCCAUAGGGAAGGUAGGUGGGAUUGGGCUGAGCGUCUUAUGAAGCAUGUCAGGGAUAGUAGUCUGGUGCCGAAUGUACUUAGAUGGAAAGCUGACAUGGAUGCUUCGAUGAGAGAUCCUCAGGAUAGGAGAAAGGAUUUUAUGCCACUGUUCCCAUCUGAAGGUGGCCUUGGCGAGAUUAUGAGUUUGGUAGAUUCAACCACAGAUUUGGGGGCAGCCAAUGAGCACAGUUCAGAUAGCGGAGCUCAAGAUGAGGCGAAUUCUCUUGCUGGGUGGUCAUCAUCUCCGUACAUGGAUCAACUGGCUAAUGAAGUUCAGUCAAUCAGCCGCUCUCGAUUAUUUUCGGUGUCAAGAGGGAAGAGGGUGCAGGGAGUAGGAGCCAAAUCUUUCAAUGUCGAUAUGGUCAAUACGUACAUGUCAAUCUUUCUUGCAAAAGGGAAAUUGAGCAUAGCUUGCAAGUUGUUUGAGAUCUUUACAGAAAUGGGCAGUGACCCAGUAAGUUACACAUACAAUUCAUUGAUGAGUUCUUUUGUCAAGAAAGGUUAUUUCAGAGAGGCAUGGGGAGUUCUACGUGAGAUGGGAGAGAAACUUUGUCCAGCAGAUAUUGCGACGUACAAUGUGAUAAUUCAAGGCUUGGGAAGGAUGGGUGAAGCUGAUCUUGCAAGCACUGUUCUUGAUCAAUUGUUGAAGAAAGGUGGUUAUCUAGACAUUGUGAUGUACAAUACACUGAUUCAUGCAUUGGGUAAGGCAGGCCGGAUAGAUGAAGCUAACAAGCUGUUCAAACAAAUGACUGGCAGCGGGAUCAAUCCAGAUGUUGUAACUUUUAAUACACUCAUUGAAGUUCAUAGCAAGGCGGGCAAAGUGAAAGAAGCAUACAAGUUUUUGAAAAUGAUGUUAGAUGCAGGCUGCCCUCCUAAUCAUGUCACUGACACUAUUCUGGAUUAUCUAGAGAAAGAGAUUGAGAAACUGAGAUACCAAAAGGCGUCGAUUAAGCGGAACAAAGAGGAUCUUCCUUAGAAUAUUUAAGGAUGAUGUUAGAAAAUGGAAUAUUUGCAGCCAUAACAUGGCCCACAAGAUCUUUGCAUGAUGGGUAUGUGGAAGAUGAAUGGUCUAUACUGCUUUGAACAUGGAUGCACCACAUUGACAAAGGAACUGUGUGUCCACCAGCCAGAGUAGACAAUGGGUCUGACCUAUGGAAUGGAGCAUUUAGCACUACGCUAUCAUUUUGCAGUGAAUUUUGUGGAAUGGAGCAUUUAGCACACCCACCAUCCACUUUUGCAAGAUGUACUAAAUGGUUCCUUCACAAAUUGCACAAGGGUAGGGGGCUUCAUUCCAUUCCAUUCUCAAUCUGGAUACAUCCAAAUCGGCCCUUCUAAAUGAGUCUGUAGCAAAUGCUCAGAGCUAGUAAUUCAUUGAGGAGAACAGGUGGUUUGAUAAAGAAAUAGCUGAUAUGAUGGCAUUUAGACUGGAUAUAGCCUAUAGUGCAGCUUGUCACGGCCAAGGUGCUUCCCCAGCGUAGACUGUGCGGCACUCUUCUCGCAGUUCCGUCGUGAACAAGUCAGCCUUCUCCAAGUGCACUCCCCAUGAGCUACCAAAGCUCACUGGAAUGCAAGAGAGACACAAAUCUCUUCUUUAGGAUCUCAUUUACCAUUCUUUCAGGGGAGGUAGUAGCUAUCCUUGCCAAGGCACAAGCAACUACAAAAGGAGUUCUUCGCUAUCAAACUCCAUCGAAGCAAGUGGAGAUCUUGAGAGUUGGGCUCAAACCUAAGACCUCAAUGUUGAAAUGCACCGUCUACCACUGAAUUUUGCUAGUAUGUUCCAACAGUAGUGUGAUUCUUUCCUGAUUCUUUCAAACUGUUUCUAAUGCGCCCUGGACUUUCUGCUGCUUCCUGCCAUCUAUUGGGCAAAAUAGGAUCGGUUACCUUUUUGGAGCUAUGAUGCUAGGAUUCUUCAAAAACGCUGGAGUUUGUGAGUCAGAGACAUACCAGUUGCUUUCAAUUGCAAUAGAGCUAAAGGUUGCGGUGAAUUUCCAUGGGCAAUGAGUUUAAGGAUCACCUAGCAAUACAUCCAAGCAUUCAACAAAAUUGCCAAGGAGGUCACACCACUGUUGCUCCCUAGCAUUGCUGCCAAUCCUGCUAGCAUGAUGGCUCUGGCUUCAACAAUUUACAGAAGCAAUGCUCCAACAACUGCCCAUACACCCCCCCCCCCCCAAAGGAAAUCUCCCAAUCUGGGCCUUCGGAUGGAAGAAAAGGCAAUGGCCCACUGGACAAGCUAAAGAUGGAAGCCCUGAUGCCACGGUUGCUGCAUCUACUGUAACCUUUCCAGUCGAACCAGUUUUCUCUCUGCAGAGCCCCAAGAACCAAAAUUAAUACUGUCCAUACAAGGAUCUCAAAAUUGCACAAUUCAUUUUUUUAAAGGUAUUAUUUUCUCGGCAGAGCUCUGAAAUCA